AUGACAUUAUCACCUCCAUCAACAGCACCAUUAAUCGGUCGACACGGUAUCCAUCCAAGUUUCUUUAGUUCAACAUUUCAAUCUAAUGGACAAGAUAUGAUGACUGCAGUGUUUGAUAACAACAAAAUCUACCGUUGCCAUCAAUGCUUGCGUUUAUGUAGUAGUCCAGCUGAAUUAAAACGCCAUACUAAAUCCCAUCAUCAAACUAAUGAACGAUUACGUUUUUGUUGUUCUCAUUGUAACAAACGCUUUGCGCAAUCAUCGCAUUUACAGCAACAUUUACGCGUUCAUACUGGCGUACGACCAUUUAAAUGUCGUUUUUGCUCCAAAUCUUUCGCACAGUCGACCCAUCUACAACAACACAUUAAAAUGCAUACAGGCGAUAAACCAUUUCGCUGCAAUUUUUGCGAGAAGCAUUUCUCUCAGUUAUCCCAUUUACAAAAGCAUACCCGAGUUCAUACAGGUGAAAAGCCGUAUAAAUGUAUUUAUUGCUUUAAAAGUUUCUCUCAAUCAUCCAAUCUGCAGAAGCAUUUACGCGUCCACACAGGUAUAAAACCAUACAAGUGCACUUACUGCUCUAAGAGUUUUACCCAAUCACCUAAUUUGCAAAAGCAUAUCCGAAUUCAUACCGGAGAACGUCCCUAUACAUGCCAUUUAUGCUCGAAAUCAUUUAGUCAGUCAUCAUCUUUACAGCAACAUUUAAAGCUACACGACUGA